AUGGCUAAUGAUGAUAUUUUUUCAAUGCUUAAAACAGGCCAAAAUGCUGCUUCUAAAAUAAGUAAAGCUAGAAUAUCAAGGCCUAAAGAGGCCGAUAUUUCAGGUAAUUUACAACAAGUAAAUCAAAGCAUACUAUCAAAAGACUUCAAUCAUAGAUGGAGAAUACACGGGACGCACUUAAUAACUAAUUUACCUAAACAACUAGAUUUGGAAAACUAUUAUAUAAGUAAAGAAAAUGAAAAGAUAAUCAAAAUUGCAGCAUUUGACUUGGAUGGGACGUUGGUGGAUACCAAAACGGGUCAGAAGUUCGCUAGAGGAGCCGAUGAUUGGAGAUGGUGGACUUCAAAGGAAAGAAACAAACUGAAUGUCACCGAUGAAUUGAAGAAAUUAGCAAUUAAUAAAUAUAUCAUUGUGGUCUUUACAAAUCAAGGAGGAGUAGUGGCUACAAAGACCAGUAAAUCAUACUUAGCUUUUACGGGACGUGUUAAUAACGUAGUCAAAGAAUUAACCACAGAGGAAAAAGUUCCAGGAAUAUUUGUAUAUGCAUCACCAAAGAAACCAGCUUCAAAAAAUCAGAAAAUUUCGGUGAGUUCAGAUGAAGAUCAUGCAAUAAUGAGGAAACCAAAUAUCGGUAUGUGGAAUGAGCUUGUGAAAUACUUUGAGAAACAGGGCUAUAAAAUAGAUACAAGAAAUAGCUUCUUCGUAGGGGAUGCAGCUGGAAGACCCAAAGACUUCCUGGAUAGCGAUAAAAUGUUCGCUGAAAAAAUAAACAUACAAUUUAAGAUUCCAGAGGAAUUCUUUGGAUAA